CAGGUUUGCGCUGGGUGGCCGUCAACGGCGUGCACAUCGUGGUAACUGCGAGGUAAACAAACCCGUGCGUGCGGUCGCGCGCGCUUGCCGCACAUUUAAUUCCUUGAUCGGGUCUAGUCACCGGUGCGCCGCUAUGCUGGCCGCGACGACUGCCGAGCGCGCCGAACGGCGAUACGUACUCGCCACCGGACGUAGCGUCGGAGACGCAUGGCCUCAGGACUGUGGACGACGCAGACGAGGUGGACCCGAAGUCCUUCCCCUUCACGCCCUGGGACAAGUUUGUGCUCGUCCUCUCCAUGACGACCGUGAUCGCGGACGUCUGCACCGACGCCUGGGUCGCGCACAAGCACUGGCAGCAGGGCCAGCGGUUGUACUUCGGCCUGACAAUCGCGUUCAUUUUCGUGCCCUCGUGUGUCAUCUCCUUGCUUAGCCUCAGGUGGUGGUUCAUCCAGCAGUGCCCUCCCGGGCACGAAGAGUUCAGGAUGUCGACGAGGCUGACCGUUGUGCUUCACGUCUUCCUGCUCGCCGUCGUCUACAGGUACUUGAGUGCAUUGAUCUUUGGCUUCAAGAGCCAGGACAGGUCGCGUAAUAAAGCGGAUCGUUGCGCCUACCACCUGCUCAUGCUGUGGGAGGGCAAUGAUGCAUCCUUGCUGCGGGUGGUCGAGUCUGCCCUCGAAUCGGUGCCCCAGGUGUUGCUGCAGUCCUACGUGCUUAUCACCGCACAAGAGCAGGAACCGUCAGUGGUGCUGGCGCAGGUAGGAUCGAUAGGAUUUGGUGUCGGGUCAGCAGCUUGGUCGCUGGUGGCCUACGUGCGGACUCUACGUUUCUCACGUGAGGACUCUCUCAACGUCUCGUGGCUCGCCACAGUGGUCUGCUACUGUUCGCACCUGAUGGUGCUCACGCCACGGCUGACCGCCCUUGCCCUCUUCUCGUCGGUUUUCCACUGGUGGACGCUGCUUGUUUGUGGCAUUCCGCUGGCUGGUCAUGUACACCUGGCUCAUCAUGUGUGUGCGCAUCAAACAGUACGAGAACAGGUGUGACAAAUUCUGCUUCAAAGUGGUGCUGGCGUUGAUAUACAUUUCGUGCUUCAUCGAUCUUGCGCAAAAAGACCGCCGGUACAAUGGCAUCUUCUUCUAUGCCUUCACCUUCUGCGAAAACGCUCUCCUGCUCGGACUGUGGUACUGCUACAACCAGAGUAGCCCCUGGUACGAGACUCUCGCACUCGUGGGUAGCUUCUUGAGCUUCUGCGUAGGCACGGCCUGUCUGGUCAUUUACUACCUUCUGCUGCACCCCAAUGCCUCCAGCAUUGCUCAGUCCUGUAAUGCAAGACCUGAACAAGUGGAUUGACUACGUGUCUAAAAGGUCAAAAGACUCGCCAGUGGAACUGCCAAAUGCGGAACACGGGUCAUCACCCUGUGUGCACCUCACCGAAAGCGUUUGCAACAGCAACCCAUUAGAGACAUCAGGUGACUUGGCUUUUGAAGAUACAGGAGGAGCCAACGACAUUGCGAUACCUCUGCACACACUGUGCGAUUCGCAUGCAAUCGAGUACAGUUAAGUGGGAGAAAACUUUGUAGUCGUGCUCUGAAAUUGCAAGUGUGCAAUGUAUGGUGCUGACCUCAUGGCAAGAGGUUGUUUUGACUUGCCCGUCAAGAGAAAGUCACUAGUCAAGCCCUCAUGGAACAAGUGAGAAAUUAUGAAAGCCCAAAGCUGCCUCCAGCGUGACUGUGUAGUGACAUAUAUUGGCUGCCUUUUGGAAGAAGGCUGGUGCAGUUUGAGAUUGUGAUUGCUUGCGAAUGAGUAGUUUGUGUAUAUUACCCACAUCUAGGUAUACAAGCACGAAGGCCCCAUGAGCGGGUUUUAUUGGCAAUUCUUGAUGGAAUUAUUGGCUGCACUUUGGAAGAAGACUGGCUUUGUUAGAAAUUGUGAUUGCCUGCAGAUGAAUAGGCGGUACACGUAACUCAAGUCUAGACAUUGUGUCGAGGAAAGAGCGAUUCCAGUUAGCCUGCGUAAUGGGAUUAUGACAUCCACAGUGCCUUUGUCGUCAUCAUGUGAUUCUUGAGUUAGCGUACAUGCCAUGCUUAUACCUUGCGAGCAU